AUGGCCACCAGUGAAGAGUGGCAGUGCAGGAAAUUUGAGAACGGACUGAGAAGCGACAUGAAGGUUUUGAUUUCCAGCUUAUGCAUACGGACGUUUCCUGCUAUGGUUGAGAGGGCCAAGGUAUUAGAGAAGAACAUGGCAGAAGCGGAACGACACAAGAAGCAACAACAGGUAGUUAGGGGGCCAAUCGUAUCAAGAAGCAACGUCAAUCAGAGGAGAACCCCUUACGCUCGUCCGAAUCAACCACCUAAUGCGAGUGGGUCUCAAGCAUUGGUUCCUGCCGGACAGUCUGGGCAGCACGGAAACGUUACUUGUUUCCAGUGUGGAGGACCACACUACCGUUCUUCAUGUCCUCAACUGGUGGGAGGAAAGCACUGCACACGUUGUGGACGGAAUGGGCACUUGGAGAACGAGUGCAACAUGGGUGGACGUGUAGUGAUGAGGCCACCACAUGCUGGAAGGAACCAACCGAGAGGUGGCAGAGCUCAAGCAGUGGGACGAGUGUAUGCUAUAACUGGAGCGGAAGCAGCAAGCUCAGGUAAUCUUAUCACUGGUGAAUGCUUGCUGUAUGGAAUAUCCUGUCGUGUGCUGUUUGAUUCUGGGGCGACUCACUCCUUCAUCUCGAAGGCGUGUGUUGAAAAAUAA